AUGAACGUCUCCGCCCUCGAGAAGGGUACCGGAAAGUCCAACAAGAUUACCAUCACCAACGACAAGGGCCGUCUCUCCAAGGAGGAGAUCGAGCGCAUGCUUUCCGAGGCUGAGAAGUACAAGGAGGAGGACGAGCUUGAGUCUGCCCGCAUCCAGGCCAAGAACGGUCUUGAGUCCUACGCCUACUCCCUCAAGAACACUCUCUCCGAGGGUAAGCUCCAGAUCUCCGAGGAUGACAAGAAGAAGGUCGAGGACAAGAUCAACGAGGUCAUCGGCUGGCUCGACAGCAACCAGACUGCUGAGAAGGACGAGUACGAGUCCCAGCAGAAGGAGCUCGAGGCUGUUGCCAACCCCAUCAUCUCCGCUGCCUACGGUGGCCAGGCUCCCCCUGGCGCCGGUGCCCCCGAGGGUGGCGCUCGCUCCGCUGACGAGGUUGAGGAGAAGCCCGAGGAGCUUGACUAA